UGGAGGCACUUGUGGGCACAGUGUGGCAGCGCAACGCAGCGAGGGAGGGAGAAGCCAGGAGGGCGGGCCCAGGGUUACAAGCAGGUGGCGGCCCCUGGCGGAGCGGUCCGGGGCGCUGCUUCGUCGGGGACACCGCCGCGGGCCAAGCGCACAUGCUGCUCCGGCAGCGCUGGGACGCGGCUUUCGGCAUCCCCGGAUUUCGCACUUUCGGAUUAUCCCUUCAUCGUUCGCAGCUUAUAAUCUGGGCAUGAAAGGCCAAGGAGGACACGAACCGCGAUGCCUGGAAAUUUCAUAUUUCUCAAACAGAAUAGGGAUUUGCUGUCCUCGAGAAGAGAAGCGCAAGAUCACAGUGUCAGCGGCUGUACCAAGCCUGUACCGAGUGAUCUACCAAGCCAACUACUUAAAACAUGAUCAAGGGUCAACGAGCUGUCUUAUGUGUGAGCAGGGCUUGGUAGACUGACCUCAAUCAUCGCGUUUGUUGAUUGGUUUAAGGAAUCACCCUUGCUCCGGGAUGACUGAACCGGAUUUCUUCAAUGUGUCUUUGGAAACACUGCCGGAUGAAAGCGACCCAUACGGCAACGAGACCAGGUUUUUAAACAUCACCGACGCUUUAGUGUCCGACGAACUCUUGGGCCCUCGCUACCACAAGCGAGUCCGCAUCGGCAUCAUCGUCACCAUGAUCAUAGUUUCGGUAUUUGGCAACAGCGUCGUUUGCUGCAACCUCCUGGUGAGGCAGCGCCGUCGCAGAGUGUCCAAGGCGAGGGUGCUGUUCCUCAAUUUGGCCAUCGCUGACCUCCUGGUGGCCUGCAUAACGAUGACGUCACAAGUGGUGUGGGAAGUGAUGGGCCGGAUUUGGAUCGCAGGCGACGCCUUCUGCCGCUUCUUCAAGUUCUUACAGACGUUUGCCCUGGUCUCGUCGACUUACAUGCUCGUGGCCAUUUCCGUGGACAGACACAUCGCAAUCGCCACUCCUCUUGCGCCGAGUCCAGAUCCCUGGAGGCUGGCGGCCGUCACCUGGAUCGCGGCGUGCAUGCCUUCGCUUCCAAACGUGUACGUGUUUCACAGUGUUGAAGUGGCUCCCGGAAAGUGCUUCUGCGCGUCCAUUUUCUACGACCGGGGCACUCCACUGUACCAUCGCCAGAUCUACAUGGGAUUCGUCUUUUUCAUGGUGUUUGUUGCCCCGCUCGUGCUUCUUAUAGCGUUUCACACUGGCAUACUGUGGGCUCUAUGGAAGCACAAUGCGACGAGUCGGAGGAUGAGCUGCCAAACUCCUUCAUCGCUUCCACGUGCGAAGGUGAAGACAUUGAAGUUGACGGCCGUGGUUUUCGGUGCUUUCCUGGUGACCAACGUGCCGUACAUGGUCCAAGAGGCAAUACUCGCCUUCGGCAACCCCGGCAUACUGGACGCCAACGUGGUCGCGCUGUUCGGCGUCAUAUCUGCCUCGAACAGCGCCAUCAAUCCGUACAUCUUCCUCUACUUUCAACGAGUACGCAAGGGGACCCGCGACGGUGGCUUGUGGCGGACCUUGUCGCAAGUCGUGGUCGAGUCGCUCACGUGUCGUCUGCUCAAUCGAUCACAAACGGGUUCCCAGGUGUCGACUGACGUGGUCGACGCCUGCUCACCGACACGUCGUUCCAAAGCGGCCUGCACGACGAAUUUCGAAGAAGAGAGCCCGCCCGCCAAAAAGGGUUGUGUGGCGUGUUGACAGCACUGGUUGUGCGUGUGUGUGUGUGUAUUUGUCUGUGCUCCCAUGUGACAUGUUCGGAGGCUGUAGCCGCUUGUGUUGUAUCGCGAGCAGUUCAUCCGCCUUUGUGUGCCGUGUUUUUCUACGUCGCGCUCAUAUGAACCACGCGAUCCCUGAAAGCACUCCAUGAGGUUCGGCUGGUGUGCCAGGUGUCAUCUCAUUCUAAUGCGUCGUUCACUGUAACGACCCAUGAGACGGUGCUUAUUUGAACCACAAAGCGCUACCUCUGACGAAGAACUGCCAACGCUGUCUUCGCGGUACUCUAUAGCGCUUCUCUUGAUUUGCUGGUGCUACUGCACAUAUAGUAAUGACUUUUUCAGUCGUGUUGUCCGCGUGUUAUGUCUUCACAUUGUAACUUUUUGUAUGAACUUCAUAUGCGUGAAGUGAUGGACAACCGCACGUGUUCACACUGGGAGUACCUUCGUCCCUCCCUGUCCUUUCUUUCUUUUUUCGUCCCUUAAAACCCUUUCCCCAUUCAGGGUAGCAAACCGGACGUGCGCCUCGUCCUCCUACUUCUCCUUCUCCUAAUAAGGUGUUCCUUGCAUGUCUUUUUCUAUAUGCCUCCCCAAUAAUUGUGCGUUACAAACGAAUUGAACAUGCUGUCAAUCUAGUGGAAGAGGAAGUGCAAUAUUUGUAGCUAGAGAUCUGCAGUGCAGUCCUAUUAUCACAAUAUCACGCGUGCGACUAAGAGCCACAUUUUUGCUAGCACUUUAAAAGCUAAAGUGCUAGUAUUACGAAGCCUGAAGGAUGUGCGUUAUCCACAAUAAAGGGUAGAGAGAGGAAGAGAAAGAGAGAGAGAAACGGGAUGUGAAAGGCAGGGAGCUUAACCGGUUAAGAUUCUGGUUUGCUACCCUGCACUGGGGGAAGGCAAUGGUAAAUGAAAGACGGAAAGAACAAGGGAGAGAGAAAGAAAAAAAAACGAGAAAAAAGAAAGGUGGGGAACGUCAUAGACGUUCACGAGACUUACAGUCUCUACAAUAGGCCACUAGAACGUAAAACGUUCAAGAGUGCAUUCACUGUAUCGUGUUGUGACGACUGUAGAGGUCGGCGUUCCAGGACUGUCUGCUCCGAAAACGGCCGGCCGUCAAGACGCACCCCCGCGGUCGCGAGCUACUGCGUUUGUGCGCUGUAUCGGGGACAAUGACAAAGAACGUGUUCGAUAUUUUGCUCGUCGCCGCAGUGGCCACGCGUAGCACUAUCCUCCCAUUCGAUGCGGAAAGCAAACGACUUCGUAAAUGCGACGCCAAGCCAUAAUCGGUAAAGUACCGUUGUCGCGCGUCGGGAAACAGUCCAGGUGGAGAAUGCAGUUGCAGACAGUAGUGCGGUCGAUGUAGACGUGUGUGCU